CUUCAAUAUCAUCCGGGACCCCGCUCUGUGAUUUCCGGGUGGUUGUAUCUCUCAAUAUAUCUUGCCGUCUCCUCCUCUUGUGGACGAGUGCACCAGCAGAGAUCGGACAGCCAGGUAGGCAAAAACUAUGGCAUCCUCUGUUUUGGCCAUGGCCAUAACAACCGCCCUCCGCCUCGCCCCUCUGACGGUCCUACCGACGCUGUCGGCCCUCAUCACCCCGGCCGUCGCCUCCUCCUUCGACCCCCUCGCGUUCGUGGACCCCCUCAUAGGCACGAGCAACGAGGGCAACGUCUUUGCGGGGGCGUCGCAGCCGUACGGCCUCGCCAAGGCGGUCGCUGACGUCGACGGGCAGAACACGGGCGGCUUCGCCACCGACGGCAGCAACGUGACGGGAUUCAGCACCAUGCACGACUCGGGCACCGGCGGGAACCCCAGCCUGGGCAAUUUUCCGCUCUUCCCCCAGCUCUGCCCCGGCGACGAGCUCAACGCCUGCUCCUUCAGGAUCGGCGACAGGAAGGUCCCCUACCUGAACGACUCGCUGGUCGCCCGGCCGGGGUACUUCAAGCUCGGGCUGCGGACCGGGGUCGUCGCGGAGAUGGCGGUGGCGGACCGGACCGCCGUUAUGAGGUUCGAGUUCCCGCUUGGCGGUGGAGGGGGAGGAUAUGCGCCCGGCAACGGGUCGGCCGGGGCGGAGACGGGCGCCGCCGCUGAACAGCGCCCCCUGAUCCUUCUUGACCUGACGGAUCUAUGGCAGAGCAGGCAGAAUGCGUCGGUCAGUGUCGACGCUAAGACGGGACGGAUGAAGGGCAACGGGACAUUUCUUCCCAGCUUCGGAGCGGGCUCGUAUGUACUGCAUUACUGCGUUGACUUCUUCGGUGCCGAGCUGUUCGACUCGGGAGUGUGGGUCAACAGCCGCGCUGGGACCGAGCCCAAGGAGUUAUUCGUAACCCGAGGCUUCAACCUGUUCUACGCCGAAGCGGGCGGCUUUGUGAGGUUCCAAAACCUGGUCAACAACUCGGUCACCGCCCGAGUCGGGGUGAGCUUCAUCAGCGUGGACCAAGCCUGCAGCAACGCUGAGAAGGAGGUGCCCGAUCCCAUCGCUGGCUUCUCGGGUCUUGUGCAGUCAGCCGAAGAUGCCUGGAGACAGAAACUCAGCCCGGUUUCUGUUGUUCCGGGGGGCGCCAGUGACGAUCUCAGGGUGAGCCUCUACAGCGGGCUGUACCGCGCCAUGAUGUCGCCGCAGAACUACACUGGCGAGAACCCGUAUUGGGAUAGUGGAAUUCCGUAUUUCGACUCGUUUUACUGCAUCUGGGAUACUUUCAGGGUCCAACACCCACUCCUUACCGUUAUCGACCCAGAAGCGCAGGUCCAGAUGCUGGCCUCUUUGCUGGACAUAUACAAGCACGAAGGUUGGCUUCCGGACUGCCGCAUGUCCCUCUGCCAGGGUUGGACUCAGGGGGGAAGUAAUGCUGAUGUGGUCCUCGUCGACUCCUUCGUCAAGAAUCUCACGACCAAGAUUGACUGGAAUCUAGCGCUGGAAGCCAUCAUCAACGACGCAGAGAACGAGCCGUUGGAGUGGAGCCAUGAGGGCCGAGGUGGGCUGCAGAGCUGGAAGAAGCUGGAUUAUAUCCCGUACCUCGAUUUCGACCCGGUCGGCUUUGGGACGAACUCCCGCAGUAUUUCACGCACGUUGGAAUACUCCUACAAUGACUUCUGUCUAGCAACGCUCGGCGAGGGGCUCGGGAGAAUGGAUGUCUACGACAAGUACAUCGCGAGGAGCGCGAACUGGCAGAACCUGUGGAGAGCUGAUCAGAAGUCGCUAAUCAACGGAAACGACACGGGCUUCACGGGAUUCUUCCAGCCGAAGUAUCUCAAUGGCACAUGGGGAUACCAGGAUCCGAUCGCUUGUUCAGCUCUGGCUGGUUUCUGCUCCCUGACGUCGAAUCCCAGCGAGACAUUUGAGGCGAGUAUCUGGCAGUAUCAAUUCAUCGUCCCACAGUCGAUAUCGACGCUGAUCACCCUCCUCGGCGGUGAGGAGUCGUUCCUCCGCCGUCUGGACUUCUUCCAUACCUCGGGGCUGGCGGACAUCUCCAAUGAACCAGUCUUCCUGACCGUCUACCUGUACCACUACGCAGGCCGCCCGGCUCUCUCCACCAAGCGGAUCCACGACUAUAUCCCGUCCUCCUUCAACACCGGCACUGGCGGGCUGCCCGGGAAUGACGAUUCGGGGACAAUGGGGAGCUUCCUCUUCUUCAGCAUGAUCGGUCUGUUCCCCGUAGCGGGCCAGAACGUCUAUCUCAUCUCGCCGCCCUUCUUCGAGGAGGUCAGCGUGACCAACCCGCAGACGGGGAAGACUGCCACGGUGAGGAAUAUCGGGUUUGACCCGAGCUAUAAGAACCUGUAUGUCGAAUCCGCUACGCUGAACGGGAAGCCGUGGAAGAAGAGCUGGAUCACCCAUGACUUCUUCACCGAGGGGGGCGUGCUCGAGCUGGAGCUAGGCGGCGAGGAAUCAGACUGGGGCACCAGGGUGGAGGACCGCCCGCCUAGCUGGACCGCUGGAACAGCAACAGGUUAAUUGCAGCAUACCUUGGUGUAACUACUGAGCAAUCAAAUGUUCCAUGCACCCUUCCACCAACUCCAGGACCAGGAUCCCCGCAUGAACUUCUCAUCCCAAGACCUAAACCACUUUACCAUUAAACGGUUCUUGUCAAUUGAGAUGAACCUGACCAUUCUACAACUAUUUUUUUAUCUGGUCAAUAGUCGCAGAUUGGCCAGCUUGAUUUCAAUCGACAAGAAU